UUCGGUGAAUGACCUUAGGGAACGCCUCUGUUCUUCUUCUCCAUCUCUCCCACCUCAACAAAACUUCGUUCUCUGCAUCUCGGGCUUCUCCCUGUUAUCGCCGCUCCUUAUUCUCUCACUUCUACUUCUCUUCGCCGGCUCCGUCGUUUUCCACCACAGCCAUGCCAGUUUCCGAGUCGUUGGAGAACCAGUGGCCGGCGAGGAGAGUCAGGGACACGUUCAUCGAGUUCUUCCAAGGGAAAGGCCAUGUAGAUUGGAAAUCGAGCCCCGUUGUCCCCCACAAUGAUCCUACUCUUCUCUUCGCUAACGCUGGAAUGAACCAGUUCAAGCCAAUAUUUUUGGGGACUGCCGACCCGAAUACAGCUCUGAGCAAGCUAACCCGUGCGUGUAACACCCAAAAAUGUAUUCGUGCUGGGGGAAAGCAUAAUGAUCUCGACGAUGUCGGGAAAGAUACUUACCAUCACACCUUCUUUGAAAUGCUUGGUAACUGGUCAUUUGGCGAUUACUUCAAGAAAGAAGCCAUCGAAUGGGCUUGGGAACUCUUAACCAAGGUCUAUGGGCUCCCGACUGAUCGGAUUUAUGCGACCUAUUUUGGUGGUGAUGAGAAAGCUGGUCUUGCCCCUGAUAACGAGGCUAGAGCUAUAUGGCUGAAGUUUCUUCCACCUGGUCGAGUGCUGCCCUUUGGUUGCAAAGACAACUUUUGGGAGAUGGGAGACACCGGUCCCUGCGGUCCCUGCACUGAGAUACAUUUUGAUCGAGUUGGUAACCGUGAUGCUGCACCAUUAGUGAACAAUGACGAUCCAACUUGUAUAGAAAUUUGGAAUCUUGUGUUUAUUCAGUUCAACAGGGAAAAUGAUGGUUCUCUCAAACCUUUGCCCGCCAAGCAUGUUGACACUGGAAUGGGUUUUGAGAGAUUAACUUCAGUUCUUCAGAACAAAAUGAGCAAUUAUGACACAGAUGUAUUCAUGUCUAUAUUUGAUGCCAUCCGGAAGGCCACAGGAGCUCGGCCAUACUCUGGAAAAGUUGGUAGGGAAGAUGUUGACAAAGUUGACAUGGCAUACAGAGUUGUUGCUGAUCAUAUUAGAACUUUAUCAUUUGCUAUUGCGGAUGGAUCUUGUCCAGGUAAUGAGGGUCGUGAGUAUGUUCUGCGGCGCAUUCUUCGGCGAGCAGUACGAUAUGGGAAGGAGAUACUGAAAGCUGAGGAAGGCUUUUUCAAUGGCCUCGUAAGUUCUGUUGUUCAAGUGAUGGGUGAUGUCUUUCCGGAGUUGCAGCAAUCUGAAGCACGCAUCAGAGAGAUAAUCAAAGACGAGGAAGCAAGCUUUUGUAAAACAUUGGGAAAGGGAAUUGAGAAAUUUGAGAAAGCUGCUCAGGCAGUUCAGGGGAACAAACUGAGUGGACAGGAUGCAUUUGUCCUCUGGGAUACAUAUGGUUUCCCAUUAGAUUUGACCCAGUUGAUGGCCGAAGAAAGUGGGUUGGUGGUUGAUGUUGCCGGUUUCAACAAAGCCAUGGAAGAAGCGAGGGAAAGAUCUAGGAGUGCUCAGAAUAAGCAAGCUGGCGGUGCAAUUGCAAUGGAUGUUGAUGCUACUUCAAAAUUGCACAAGAGUGGUGUUUUGGCAACGGAUGAUUCUUUUAAAUACAUAUGGUUCCAGGAUCAUGACAGUGAAGUAAAAGCUAUCUACACUGGUUCUGUGUUCAUGGAGAGUUCUGGCGCUGGUGAUAAUGUUGGGCUAGUAUUGGUAUCAACAAGUUUCUAUGGAGAGCAGGGUGGUCAGAUUUUUGACACAGGGCUGAUAGAAGGCCCAUUUGGUACGUUCAAAGUUUGCAAUGUGCAAAUAUUUGGCGGUUUUAUUCUUCAUAUUGGUUAUCUCACGGGAGAAACCGGAAAGAUUAGUGUUGGGGAUAAGGUGACCUGCAAGGUUGAUUACGAGAGACGUAAACUCAUUGCUCCUAAUCAUACUUGUACACAUAUGUUGAACUUCGCUCUAAGGGAAGUGCUCGGGGAUCAUGUUGAUCAGAAAGGAUCCAUUGUCCUUCCUGAAAAGUUGCGAUUUGAUUUUUCUCAUGGCAAGCCAGUUGAUCCUGAACAGCUGAGAAAAAUCGAGUCAAUUGUGAAUGAUCAGAUUAAGGCUGAAUUAGAUGUAUAUGCGAAGGAAGUGACUCUUUCUGAAGCAAAACGAAUCAAGGGUUUAAGAGCAGUAUUUGGAGAAGUCUACCCUGAUCCUGUCAGAGUGGUGGCAGUCGGGAAACAAGUCGAUGACCUUUUGUCUGAUCCCGACAACGAUGAAUGGCUAUCAAUUUCAUCCGAGUUAUGUGGAGGAACCCACAUAACAAACACACGUGAAGCCAAAGCGUUUGCUCUAUUAGUCGAGGAAGGAAUUGCCAAAGGCAUCCGUAGGAUAACUGCUGUGACCACCGGAAAAGCGUUUGAAGCGGUUUAUGAGGCCUCCUUGCUUGAAAAAGAUGUAGAGGAUGCAUCCAAAGAAGAGGGAAGCACAUUGGAAAAGAAAGUUGCUGCUUUAAAUAGCCGGGUAGACAAAGCAGUUAUCCCAGCAGCUAAAAAAGCAGACAUCAGGGCCAAGAUCACUCUGCUACAGAGUGAAGUGAGAAAAGCUCAAAAGAAAAUAGCAGAAGAGAACAUCCAGAAAGCCGUCAAGGUGGCAACAGAUGCAGCUGAGGCUGCAGCUUCAAAUGGAAAGUCUUUUUGCGUAUCCCACGUUGAUGUUGGUCUGGAUGCAGCAGCUGUGCGAGAGGCAGUUUCCAAAGUCAUGAAACAAAAGGGAAUGUCGGUUAUGGUAUUCAGCACGGAUGGAACCACAAACAAGGCCAUUGUGUGUGCGGGAGUUCCGGACAAGUACAAGCAACUGGACGUGACGGAAUGGUUAUCAAAUGCUUUGGGGCCUCUAAAUGGGAGAUGCGGAAAAGGAAAAGGCGGUCUUGCGACUGGACAGGGAACUGAUGCAUCUCAGGUGAAUGAGGCUUUAGAUUUGGCUGCAUCCUUUGCAUCAAUGAAACUCAACUGAUUUGUUCCUAAGAUCAGAACCUGACACACGUUUCCACUGUGCUUUGAUUUCUACCAUGUUCUCACACUUUACAGAUGUUGUAGUGCUUUUGUGACGAUGUUU